AUGCUAAGGUGGUUGGGAGUCGCUCUUUCAUAUGCUCAGUUCCUUUCAUCUCUUCAUCCGCUUAGCGGUCAUUUCAGAGCUGCUUUGGGAAGAGAAGGUCACCUUAGGGGUUCAGUUCCUGUUUCUGCAAUUGCCAUUUAUGAUACAAAGCUAAAUAAUUUAUGUAAAUUCCUAAAUCCUGAGGUUGAGUCAAAUCCAUGCUUGGUGAUGUUGCUUGUUCUGAGGGCUGCUGCAAAAAUCCCUGGUUCUGUGUCAAUUUCUGAGGACCGGCUAUCAAUACAAAGGCUAAAUUCAUACCCUCCUGAGAUUAUACAGUCUUUAACCGAGCAACAAUCUAGCUUGCCAGAAAACAUUUUGAUUGAAGUAAUACGGAUUCCUUAUUCAGCUGAGAAGCCUGUUGAAACCUUGACUCUUCAUAUUUCAGCUAAUGGUUAUUACCUGGAUGUUAUUGCAGCAGAACUAGGAGCACCAGAUGCUUCUGAGGUUCUGGUAUCCAGGACUGUUGGCAAAGCUUCCUCUGAGACGAGAUUAUACUUCUGGCCUCCUGAGUCAUAUCUGCUGGAUCUGUCAAAAGAACCAUGCGCAAGAGAUGCAUGUCAAUUUGAAAGAUCUUUAAACUCCAGGGCAAGUUAUUUCUCUGGUCAAGUUAUAUAUGGUGAUGCUAUUUUGGCAUCUAUUGGAUAUUCACGGAGGUCUCUUGACCUUUUCUAUGAAGAUGUAUCCUUGCGUUCAUAUCAUAGGUUACUUAUCUAUAAGAUACCUAGCGGAAUUUAUAAGUUGUCAAGAGAGGCAAUACUUGCAGCUGAGUUGCCUGUAGCAUUCACUACGCGAAGCAACUGGAGGGGUUCCUUUCCAAGGGAGAUCCUUUGUACAUUCUGUCGUCAGCAUCGUUUAUCUGAACCUGUCUUCGAUACUCUAAGUGAUACCAUGGAAUCUUCGCCAGACUUACCUGGAUCAUGGAAGAAGUUGAAGGUUACAGAGUCUGGUAAAGAAGAAGUUAAUGGAGGCAGUUUUGUCGUUGGUAGUAAGGAACCCAUGGGAUCUGGAGGAACCUUCAGAUGCGAGGUGAAAAUAUUCUCGAAGUCUCGGGAUCUGAUUAUACAGUGUUCACCCAAAGGAUCUUAUAAGAAACAGAGUGAUGCCAUCCAGAAUGCAGCUUUGAAAAUUCUGUCAUGGUUGAGCACAUAUUUUAAUAAUCCAGGUAUGUCUUCAGAGAAGUUGGCCUCAAUUGGGAGUGAACUUGAAAUCCAGUUUUAUCCCCUCUUUAAAGAGUUUGUGUUGUGCCCUUCUGUACAUAAUAAUUGGAAAAGCAUUGGGACUCAAGCAUACGGAUUAUUAAAUUAUAACUGCAUUAAUGAACCAAAUGCUACGCUGGAAGAUAGCGUGUCGUCUAUUAACAUAGAAGGUCCAGGGUCUGAAGUCACUCCAUCAAGUGGGUCUUUGGCUUGUAUAAGUUAUAGCAUCUCUUUGGUGGCAAAAGACAAAGAUAUUAGAGAGCGUCUUGAAGGUAGUGAAGAGUUUGAGUUUGAGAUAGGGACUGGAGCUGUGAUUCCGUGCCUUGAAUUGGUUGUCACACGGAUGUGCAUGGGUCAGUCUGCUCAUUUUAAAAUGGAUUUGCCUCCUCAAGAGUUAAUUUUGGCUGUUGCUGGUGAUUCUGCAAGAACUUUUUCAUUACUGUCUUCAGGAUGCUGUAUCUUGGAUUACACUAUAUCUUUGUUGAGGGUGACGGAACCCUUGGAGGACAGAAUGGAGCAGGCUCUAUUUAGCCCCCCUCUAUCAAAGCAGCGCGUUGAAUAUGCAUUACAACACAUUAAAGCAUCUUGCGCUGCCUCUUUGGUAGAUUUUGGAUGUGGCUCUGGAAGUUUGUUGGACUCUUUGUUAGAAUAUCCAACUUCUCUGGAGAAAAUUGUUGGUGUUGAUAUUUCAAAGAAAAGUCUUGCACGUGCAGCAAAGACACUCCAUUCAAAACUAAGCACAAGUUCAGAUGUUGGAUCCCCAAGCAAAGGAAUCAAAUCUGCAUUGCUUUACGAGGGUUCCAUCACAAAUUUUGACUCCAGAUUGUAUGGAUUUGACAUUGGAACCUGUUUGGAGGUAAUUGCUUCCCCUUUUAAUAAUGAGUUACUAAACUUCUACAGAGUUCAUUCUUAG